AUGAGCGACCCUCGCGAGCUGGAAAGCGCGCCUUUGUUGGGGCAAAGCAAAGCGCGGAAAGCCAAGAGCAAGAAAAGCGGCAGUAAAAAGCGCAAGCGGAAGUCGGCUUUCAAGGGCUCCGCAGCAUCAGCAGUCGUUGAGCCACAGAACUUGCACGUCGAGGACUCCAAGCACCACGAAUUUAACUCAAAUGACUUCGACAAGACCGAUUCGUGGGGCAUCCUGCACGAAGGGAGUGAAGAAGACUCUGGUGCCGCUACAAGGAACACGUCGUCGUCGGACGUGGCGCUGGCGUCGCACUUCCCACAUUCCUACUUUGAUCACAGGCCCUCCAUCGCUGUAAUGGAGGCGAUCAACUCGUCGGGCACACUGAAGCGUGGGCGGCGGCCCAGCACCGCACGCGCUCAUGGGUCUGGUACUGGCGCACAAGUCACAAAAGGCAUGCUACCGCAGAUGUCUCCCAGAGACGCCGAACGGUGGGCGCGCUGUGCAAAGGAUUCACACGCGCAGGGUGCUUCGGUUGCUCGCUCUCAGGGGAGCGAUGUAGUUAUCGACGUGGAUGAGUUGAUGAACCACGUGACUCGCAACAACCACCUAAGCCAGUCAUCAGCACAGUCACCGUCGACCCUAUCUCCACGCCACUCUAGUGGUGGGUACAAUUCCCAGCCAUCGUCGCGUAGAACUUCCAACAGCUCUUCAUUGAAAGAUGUUUGUUUGCCCAUGGAUGACGAAGACAGUGAGGGACCAAAACUGUGGCCUGACAUAUCGGUUUUGGAGGAAUACUCCAAGGAGGAGACCGAGCGCCUUCGGAGACAAGCAGUAGAGGAUGCCGAAAACUUCCACUUCCAAUACGACGAUGAGGAAGACUAUGAGGACAAUAACAACAAUGACGGAGUUCUUUUCUCGAAACCAAUAGUGACAAACAUUGACGUACCCGAGCUAGGGAAUACAAGAAUUAACGAAGCAGAGCAUAUGAAGACUGGGCGGCUCAGACCCAAGAAGAUAACCCCCUGGCAUUUGCGCCGCAAAGGGUCUAUAAUUCCGGGGUUCUCGGGCCAGACAGAUGCAAAGAAUGUCAAGCUAGUUUCGCAAACAUCCCGCAAAGGUCAGGAUGACUUCUUAGUUGGCAGUAACAUACAGUAUCCACCUCACAUUGUUUCCAACAACCCUGAGCAUUUUAGGUUCACCUAUUUCAGAGAGGACUUGGACUCAACGAUUCACUCUCCCACCAUUUCAGGUUUGCUCCAACCAGGCCAAAAGUUCGAAGAACUUUUUGUUUCUUCAAUUUACGCAGGUAGCAAUCACGAGGCUACUCCUAGCGAGACCAAGAGUAGCACCCCUGUCCAACAGACGCCACUACAACGGCUAAGUACGCGGCAGUCUGGCUCAAUAGAGAUAGACGAUGUCCCUCCAUUUUGGUUGGACGUUUCCAAUCCAAGUGAAGAGGAAAUGAAAGUUUUGAGUAAAGCAUUCGGCAUUCAUCCUUUAACAACAGAGGAUAUUUUCCUUGGAGAAGUGCGCGAAAAGGUUGAGCUUUUCAAGGACUACUACCUUGUUUGUUUCCGGAGUUUUGACAUUGUUGCCGAGCGGCACACUCGUAAAAAGAAGCAGCAACAAGACUCCAGCUCUUCUAUAAACGACCACGAAAACACAAAGAAGUGGCUACCCAAGUUUCUACGCUCGCGUAGACGCUCUUCUACGAAUAAAACGGUGAGUAGUUCCGACCCCAGCUAUAGAAGCAAGGUUAGAAAGGAGAUAGAAGAGAACGAAAAAUACAAGCGCAAGUCAGGCGACCGUAGAAGACCUCGCGGCGGCGAGCUUGAGCCUCUGAACGUAUACAUUAUUGUGUUCCGUACCGGUGUUCUCACAUUCCACUUCGCACCAACUCCUCACCCCAUCAACGUUCGCAGGAGAGCUCGGCUUUUGAAGGACUACUUGAACGUGACGGCCGAUUGGAUUGCUUACGCGCUUAUCGACGACAUUACAGACGCCUUUGCACCUAUGAUCGAGAUCAUCGAAGAUGAGGUUCAUGAUAUCGAGGAAUAUAUUUUGAAGAUGAACCAGUCAGAUGAUUCCUCUUCCGAUGACGACAGUUCCGACGAAGAGACCUUCGAGCGCGGCUAUUCGUCCAUUGACAGAUACCCAAAACGUGGCAGUGUGGUGAACGAAAAUGCUUCACUGUCUUCACUUUCGCGGUCUUCGAGAUCAUCGACCUCCACUUUUGACGCGAAUAUCAUAGGCUGGAAGCGCAAGGGGGAUAUGCUGAGACGUAUUGGCGAGUGUCGCAAACGUGUCAUGAGUAUCAUAAGGCUUCUGGGCUCCAAGGCAGAUGUUAUCAAGGGUUUUGCGAAGAGAUGCAAUGAGCACUGGGAGGUUGCCCCACGUUCCGAGAUCGGUAUGUACUUGGGUGAUAUUCAGGAUCAUAUCGUGACAAUGGUGUCCUCUCUUAACCACUACGAGAAGCUUUUGAGCAGAUCUCACUCCAACUACCUGGCCCAAAUCAACAUCGAUAUGACCAAAGUCAACAACGACAUGAAUGAUGUACUAGGCAAGAUUACCAUCUUAGGUACUGUUGUUCUUCCUAUGAAUAUCAUCACUGGUCUCUGGGGUAUGAACGUUUUGGUUCCUGGGCAGAAUACCGAUUCGCUAACGUGGUUCACUUGCAUCACGACAUCGAUGCUGGUUUUCGCCUACAUUGCCUACGUGUACACCAAGAGAAGGUUCGGGUUUUAG